ACGCCAUUUUCGAACACCUUGUGGACUGCUGCUACGAUUCGUCUGAGCCGUGCUGGGAGACUUUGACGCAGAUAUAACUGGUACAAUUUUGAUUAAUGGAUGUGGGAAUGAAAAGCGUUUACUGUUUAACAACAUCAUGCACUGUAACAUUGUUUUGCUUUAGUCGAAUAGUUCGAUUGAAUCGUCAACAAAAGCCAGCAGCUCGCUAAGCUAACCGCGAUGCUCCUCCACGGCUAAUACUAGCUAAUGGAAGCUAAUAAUGAACAGCAUUUCUAGAUUAAUAUAAUACAUGUUUUGUGUUGUCUAUAAUUUAUGAAUGCAUUUAAACAUGCACUUGUUACUUAAAGAUGUAACUACCUAGCGAUCGUAUUAAGCUCAAUUUAAACAAUCGCAUUGUUUUUGGGAGCUAGUUAAGCACGGUAACUUGUUAGCUAGCUAACACAGUAGCUUAGUUAACUAAUCAAGUCUCCCUUUUUUCUUCCAGUUAUUGAUUGAUAUUUUUGUCAACCCUUCAAAGGAAACCAGGAUCCUUCAAAAUGGGAGGUAAUUACCUAACGUGCUAUGCAUGCAGCGUCUUUUCUGGUCUCACUACUUAUUUGGUAAAAAAAAAGAUUACCUUGGGCGUUUGGCCACCUAAUACAGCGUUGUCACAAAUUACGUCGAUAGGAGUGAUAUGAAUUGUAUAAUAAUGAAUGUAUUUGUAAAUGACUGGAUGUAGUACGUGUGGUAUGUUAUUUUCCUCUUUCCUUUCACUCUCUCUCUCUCUUAGAACCUGCUCAUCUCAGAGAUUGUCCUCUGGAUUGUAAGGUAUAUGUUGGGAACUUGGGCAACAGUGGAAACAAGACUGAGUUGGAGAGGGCGUUUGGGUACUAUGGCCCUCUGCGUAGUGUGUGGGUGGCGAGGAACCCCCCAGGCUUUGCCUUUGUCGAGUUUGAGGACCCCAGAGAUGCAACUGAUGCUGUGAGAGAAUUGGAUGGACGGUAGGCCACUACUUACUUACAACUUUAUUGCCCCAUAAGAAGGGGAAAUUCAGUUGAUCACUUGAGCAAAACAGAGAGUCAUAUAUCAUGACAUAUGAACAUCCAAAUAAUAUUCCAGCCUAACUAGUAUGCUUCUGCAAUUACUUUGUGAACAGGACGCUGUCUGGCUGCAGAGUGAGAGUUGAGUUGUCCAAUGGCGAGAAACGCUCAAGGAGCCGUGGACCUCCUCCCUCCUGGAGCCGUCGCCCUGGACGUGAUGACUACAGCAGCAGGCGCCGUGGGAGCCCGCCUGUCAGACGCCGGUAUGAUACAUCGCCUUUCACCUACACUUGUUCUCACCCAUCUUUAACAUGUAGUCCUACAAGUGUUUAUAAGCAGUCAACCCCACACCCUCCCAUCACUUCCAACUGUACCAUAUAUCCUAUCAUUUCAAUUUACAUGGCUGGAUUUGGCAAAUAGACACACACUCCUGCACUGUCUGUAGGUUGGUUAAUACAGUGAUACAUUAUAACGUUUUUACUGUGGACACAAUCCGAGCUGGGAAAGGAUCAAUUACUCAUCAGAGGGAUUGGGUGCUUUUUUCAGGUCACAAUUUAGGUGAUUUUGAAAGGUUUAAUUCAGGCAUAAUUUGUUGAUCUAGGCAACACAUUUUUUAAGUGAAAUUCUUUUAGAUAAUAAACAUUUAUCACCUAUCAAAUUUCGGUAAAGGGGGUACAUGUUUGAUCAUUUGAUUGCUAUCUGGAUGUUAGUUUUGUUUCAUUUUUCUCAGUUUCGUUUUUUGCCAUCGAUCUAUAUUAAUAAAAAUGAACCCCGUUGCAGAGUCAUCACCAUGCCUCUUCUCACCACCCCCUGAGACAGUCAGUCAACUAGUCCUCUUACAGCAUCAUGUGACCACUGACCAGCGCCAGCACCGUGCCCCACCCAAUCAGCUUCGCUGGUGC